AUGUAUAACUUUAUUGAUAAAGCUGAUGUGGACAAUAUUGAUGCUGACAAAGCUGAUGCAGACAAAGCUGAUACAGACAAAGCUAUUGCAGCUAAAGCUGAUAUGGACGUAAUUGAGGAUGAAGCUACUGUGAACAAUGUUGAUAUGAAUAACGAAGCUGAUGUAGACGAAGUUGGUUUAGAUAAAUUUUACAUUUAUUAA